CGACACACAGCGCUCUCUAGCGCACAGACACAGAGUCAACUCAAACUGACUGACUACUCAACGCAAACUUUGACGUUUACGAAAAGGGACCAUAUUUGUCUUAUGUAAUACGUUUUUGCGUCAUUUCAUUUCGAGUGUUUGUUGUGUAGUCUUCACAAACAGCGGUGAUCGGUCCAGUCUGAGCAGCGCUGAGAAAAGGUUCAGAUCUGCUCCUUCACUGAAGCUCCUUCCACUGCAAAUUUACCAGUAUUUGCUGGAAUAUUGCGAUCAGCCCACCAGCAAAGAUCAGCAUGAAACCAUCAAGAAGAGUCCUUUGCUCCGUCAAGCACUGAGUUCUGCAUCAUGCUCGUCACCAAUCAACUUAUUACUGCAAGAGCGAUUAGAGAGCAGACACUCUGUAUAAAUACUUUGAUGUCAAACACCGAUCGGUAUGCACAUUGCCACUUUAAGCCGAACGCACCUUAAGAGAUGUAUGUAGGUCUUGGAACCGGAUGGAGGAGAGACAUCCUUGUGUCAAAAUUGUAGAGAAAACUCACUCACAGACUGAAAGUUUCGUCUGCCGUCAGUGUGGAAAGAGAUUGACAUGCAAUGAAAGUCUCAAAGUCCACAUGAGGAUCCACACUGGAGAGAAGCCAUUCACAUGUGAUCAGUGUGGGAAGUGUUUUGCAGAAAAAAGAAGCCUUAAGCUGCAUAUGAGAGUCCAUUCGGGGGAGAAGCCGUUCAUUUGUGAUCAGUGUGGGUUGAGUUUUACACAAUCAUCAAACAUUAAAAGACACAUGAAGAUCCACACUGGAGAGAAGCAGUACACAUGUGAACUAUGUGGAAAAAGUUUUUCACAACUGCAAACUCUAAAAGAACAUAAGAAAAUGCACACUGGUGUGAAAGAUCAUAUGUGCUUUAAGUGUGAGAAGACUUUCAUUUCAGCUAAAGUUUUGAAACGACACCAGAUGAUCCACACUGGAGAGAAACCUUACAUGUGUUCACACUGCAACAAGACAUAUAGUCGUUCAGAACAUCUGAAAACACAUGAGAGGAUCCACACUGGAGAGAAACCUUACAUGUGUUCACACUGCGAUAAGAUAUUCAGUCUGCCAGGAGACCUGAAAACACAUGAGAGGAUUCACACUGGAGAGAAACCAUACAUGUGUUUACACUGCAACAAGAGAUUCAGUCGGUCAACACAUCUGAAGACACAUGAGAGGAUCCACACUGGAGAGAAACCAUACACGUGUUCACACUGUGAUAAGAGAUUCAAUCAGUCAGGAGACCUGAAAACACAUGAGAGGAUUCACACCGGAGAAAAACCGUUUCACUGCACUGCAUGUGGGAAGAGUUUCACUCAAAAAUCGAAUCUACUCACGCAUACAAAAAACAAUCACAACGCAGCAACAGGAGAAAGAAACAACAUCUAAAGUUUUCACCAUUCAUCGAAAAUAAAGUUCAUCAUUUCACCUAUGAGAUUCGGACAGUUGUUUUGGACAUUUUGUUUUGUUACAUUGAAAGUUUUUUACAUAUACAAACUCUUCCGUUCAAACUGUUCAGGAAGCUAAGAAGAGAAUGCAAAACUUUAAAGAGAAACUUUUUUUUUUCUUUAGUUCUAUUUUAUUGAGCCACUUUGGCUUUUUUAUAAAUCAAUAAGAAGAUAGAUUCGUCUCACUG